AUGGGCAACAACAUAUCUAACGUUGAUAGUAAACCUGUCGUUAUAAUACUAGGUGGAUUAGUAACAAGUUCAUCCAUUUUAGCAGUCUGGUUUUUCUAUGACCGAAUUAAUCGAGCAACGAGAUUCGAUAACUUAAAGGAAACAAAUUGUAACAUAGAGCAACUCAAUUCUGCAAUAGAUAUUCUCAGAAAGGAGAUAGAAGAGCUCAAGGCAGCAUCUUCAAAAGUUGAUCUCAACAUUGAAAAAGAUGAAGAUUGCAAGUCGAAAAAGUCAUUCAAAGUUGUCCGUUUUAAAAACACUUUAUCAUAUAUGUCUUCUACUAGUGAUGUUGAAUAUCAGUCUGCAUGGUCUGAUAAUGAAGGCUCAACAGAAGAAUUUUUUGAUUUCCCUGAAAAUGAUCUUGGUGACCAGAUAAAUAUUACCAAUAUUUCAAGUGAAGCUAUAGAUCUGUUUGAUAAAGUUGACAGUUUAUUAGAAGGAUCUUCUGCUGAUCAUGAAGUUGCAUUUAGAUUACUAACUGAUCAUGAAAGUGAGUUUGAUUGCAAUGUGGAAUUUUUAUGGCGGAUUGCAAAAUCCUGCAGAAUGGCUGCUCAAGCUUCUCCUGAUCCAAAUAGACAAAAGGAACUGAGCUUCAAGGCUGUUGAUUGGGCAAAAAAAGCUUUGAGUGCAGACGAAGCAAACGCGGAAGCCAAUAAAUGGUUUGCUAUCUCAUUGGGUGCCACAAGUUGUUACGUUAGCGUUUCAGAAAAAAUUCGCAAUGGUGUCCUUUUCAAGGAAUACAUAGAUAAAGCUAUUCAAAUUAAUCCUUCAGACUACCUUCUUCAUCACCUUCUCGGACGAUUCAGUUUUGAGGUAUCUUCUUUGUCAUGGAUUGAGCGAAAGGUUGCAGCUGCACUUUUUAAAGAUAUUCCUAGUGGGUCCAUUGAAGAAGCGCUGUCGCAUUUUUUGCAUUCAGAUAAACUUCGAGCCAAGCCAUCAAAAACAAACUCCCUCUACAUUGCCAAAUGCUUCAUUCAGUUAGGGAAGUAUGACCAAGCCAUGCACUGGAUCAAUCUUGCAUUACCAAUUUCGGUUAUGACUACAGAGGAUCAGUCAUCACACGAUGAGUUACUUAUUUUGCAUUCUAAAUAUAACAGUUACUUGUAA